GACAUGAUGUUCGACGGCUGAAGUAAACACCAUGUCUCGAGCCAACUUAGGGGAAGCCGUGGUGUGAGUUUGAACUGUCCAAAAGCUCAGGAUGGGACGUCGCCGAGAUAAGCUACAAGGUAGCAGACGACGACAGGUGCUACAGUUGGAAGAUGAUGGCCGAGAUAGCUUUCUGACUCAGUAUGGAUACAAUUCUCGAUAUGGAGAAGAGGAAGAAGAUGACGUAAAUGAAGCUCCCAUGUUCAGGCAACUUGGCUACCUGUAUGAGGAGAACAUGGAUAUGGACAGUGAUGAGAGAAACCCUGAUACAGAAGACGACGGCAGAUCUGGCAUUGAUUUUAAAUCGAAUGGAGGCAGUCACUCAGAAGGACCUCAAGAAGGGAAGAAAAUAGACUCUGAAUUGGCUAACUUUAUGGCUGAAAUAGAGGCGAUAUCAAGCGUCGCCCCACCCCCUUCUGAUGACCAAGAGGAGGAUGGACAAGAAGGGAUGGAGAAAGUGGCUCCUGAAAAGGAGAGUACCCCAGAACUACCAACAAAAGUGGAGGGAAAAGCAGCAGACAGCAAUGUAGUGUACCUGGAAGAGCCAGUGACAUGUUGGCAGCAGUGCCUGGAUGAAAACACAGAGUGCUACUAUUACUGGCAUAUAGAUACGAAUGAGGUUACCUGGGACAUACCCCCAGAAUACACUCAGUACCUGCUCCAAUUUAAGGCCUUUGAGGAGAAAGUGUUGGCCUUAGAACAAGCUGGCAAAACAGUGAAAAUCACAGGGGGAUCACAGGCGGCAGGGCUGGCAGGCACUGAGAAAGCAGGAGACUCAGGUGAGAGAGAAACUCAAGUGUAUGGACCAUUUUUACCUAAGAAGCCAUCUGAAGAUAGCAGCAAAGCAGGUCACGGAGAGGAUAACAAGGGGAGCAACUCUGCUGUGAGUGUUGUCCAGGGCAGUGGCAAGCUGCUGUCAGCUGAUUAUUAUGACUCUGACGAUGCCAGUGAAGAUGAUGCAGAUAAAAGUGAGAAGCAGCCCACAGUAACUGCUGAACCUGCUGAAGCUGAAGACGAUGAUCUGGAUUUUGAUAUUGACGAUAUUGACAGAGAGUUAGAAUUAGCGCUGGAGCGAAAACAGGCUGAGAUAAAGGAAAUUUCCAAGACUUCUGUGAUUGAGAAGGUUGAAGAAACUACCAAAACAACCAGUUCCAAUGCUGAUGACUUGACAGCAGUUUGCACUGUGCCCACUGAAGAUGGUUCUUCUGAGAGCAAACCUGAUGACUUCAUUACUGCGCCUGGUAAAAUAAUACCAGAGACAGUUACCCCUGUGGUUGUUCAGGACAGUGCUGAUGGUGUUGAUAAGUCGAGUGAAGAUCUGAAAGAUGCUAUUAAACUUUCCACAAAUUCCCCAAAGCUGUUAACAGAGUUUAAGGCUGAUAAUGAGGAGAAGGAUCGAAAUUUUAAAAAAUUGAUUGAAGUGAAAGAUGAUCGAGUGUCAUUAGAACGCCGAGAAAGGAAGGUUGAAGAGAGACACGAGAAAAAGAGCAGCCGAGAAGAGAAAAGGAGUUCCAAAGAGGAUAAGAGAAGCGAUCGAAAAAGUGAACGUAAAGAGGAUCGAAAGUCUGAGCAUAAAGAGAAAAAGAAGAAGGACGAUCGAAAAGAGGACAAGAAAAGUCAUCGACACAAAAGCUCUAGUCGAGAGAAGAGUAAACAUGGCUCUGAUCAUAAGAGGACGCUGUCGGAUCAAGAAAGUGGAGACUCUGACGAAUACAGGUCGCACAGGAAGCGUAGCAAACAUAAGCAUAAGGACAAGAGCAAAGACCGUGCUCUGACCAGUGUCAUCACAGUUGAACCCAGGCCAGCAACACCUACCGAUGUGUUACCCCCAAAACCUGACACUACUGCUUCAUCAGUGAAAGAUGAAGAUAAAACUAUAAAGGAGACAAUAGUGGAGAUUUCAGAGACAGUGUUUGGAAAGCUACAGUUCCUGGAGAUUGUGAAGGAGGGAUUAUCAGGUCUUCAGAUGCUCCUUAUAUCGUUAGAGACAAGGAUACAGGAUUGGGAGGCUGGAGGAUUAUCAAAUCAAUACUUACUGAAAAAACUCCAGGAUGCCAGUGACCAACUGCUCAAGUAUGAAGACAGUGCAGCUCCCCCUGGCUGGUCCACCCACUGGAACAGGAAUUACAGGCGGUACUUUUACACCAAUGUGGUGACGGGAGACUCACAGUGGGACUACCCGGACCUGGAUGAUACAGAGACAGCAACGACGACAACAGAGGUCACAAAGGCGAGGGUACCACAGGAUGGGGAGGCUGCUGUCACAAAUGGUGCUACAGAUAAAGGGAACAAGGAAAGGACUGAUGGGAGCAAGGAAGACACUGACAAAGGGAUAAAGCACACUUCAGAGAAAGUAGAGAGUAAACUGGAGGAGUUACAGCCCUUGGUUCAUCCAGGAGAGCCCCCUCCACCAGGCACAGAGACUCCAGGGUCUACAGAGCUGGGACAGGCCUCUAUGGAUGAAGGGUCGUAUGAGGUUUCUCCUACUCACAGUAUCGACCUGGAGGAAAUAGAUGAUGUCAGGGAAGAUGUUGAAAAGGCCCCAUCUGAACCCAAAGAUUCUGCUGUCAUCUCUAGGCCUCCGCUCUUGUUAGGACCAGAGUCUGGUGAUCCCACCCACGCUAACCAUGCCCCUGCAUCUCAAGGGGCACAUCACCUGGAUGAAGUUCCCAACCCUACAUUAUCCCAGCCAGAGGGGCCAGCUAGUAACUCUGUGCCAGAGGUAGCCCCAUCAGCUGAGGGUGAAAGAGGUGUGCCGGAUCCUAACACCAGUCAUCAUAAGGACAAGGAAAAGAAAAAGAAGAAAGAUAAGAGUAUAUCUAGCAGUAGCCUUUCGCUGAAGAAGAAAAAAGUGUCGUCCCUGGUACAAAAGUGGCAGCAGGUGCAGCAGGAGGUGGAGAGAGAGGAGAAGUCCAGUAAAGAGAGAGAGUCCUAUCUGAACAGAUACUCUCCCUGAGGGUGGGUGGGGACACUACCUGCUCUGAUUACAGACUGCAGAAGGAUUGAACAGAUGUGGAUAGUGGAGCCUGCUUGUCAGCCCUACCUGGGAGAAGACAAGAGAGGAGGGUCAGACAUAUUCCCGGACUCUUCGACACCAUUUCCAGGAUCAUAAAGUUCACUGAGAAGGCUGGAUAAGUGGAUCAAGUCAUGCACCUGACAUUUGACUGAGUGAGACAUCCGUAUACAUUCUAGAAUUGAUUGAACUAUACAGCAAAGAGCAUUUGAGGAGAUGAUGUAUAAAGGUCAUUGAGGUAGACCUGCGGCUGACCCGUGUGAGGUCAAAAUGUGGCAGAGGUCACUGAGGUCAACUUGUGGAUGAACUUACAAAUCUGGACAAUAAUUUGUGUUAGCAAGACAAUCAGGUUCAUUCUAAAAUAGAAUUCCUUUAGAGAGCAUUUCCCGAAAAGUUGUCCCACAUUCGCCAGCUGUUAUUUGUGUCCAACAUCGUUAAACUGUGUGGAGUAUGCUCUUGUCUUCAGUAUGCCUGUG